GCGGCAGGAGCUGGGUGAGCUGGAGACUGAGUUUGCGCUGAUCUGGGCGGAUCUGAAUCCUCACCCGUGCACCGGAGACCCGACACACACUCAUACACACACUUAGUCAGUCAGCAUGCUGUGUGUACUCGUCCUCGCCCUGCUCGGCUCGGCCUCAGCGCAGCGGCUCUCCCGUGGCUGCGGCUCCUGUGACCGGACUCAGUGCGCUCCUCUGCCGGCUCAGGGCUGCUCCUCCGGGACGCUGCGGGACUCCUGCGGAUGCUGCGAGCUCUGCGCCGCCGGGGAGGGAGAGCCCUGUGGCGGGCGCGGAGUCUCUGCGAGGCGCUGCGGAUCCGGGCUCGAGUGCGUCAAGACCGAUAAGAAGAGUAAAAGCGGGAUCUGCGUCUGCAAGAGCGGAGUGCCGGUGUGCGGAACCGACGGACUGAACUACAACAGUGGCUGCGCGCUCCGGGCGGCGAGUGCGCGCGCGCUGCAGGAGAAACAGCCGGAGAUCCGAGUGCACAACACGGGCAGAUGCGCGCAGGGGCCAGAGAUCGUGACUCCUCCAGGAGAGGUGUGGAACAUCUCUGGAUCUCAGGUGUUCCUCAGCUGUGAAGCCAUCGGGGUCCCCACACCUGUGCUCACCUGGAGGAAGGUCUCUGGAGGCUCAGAAAGGCCUGUCCCUCUGCCCGGAGAUAAAGAUAAUCUGGCAGUGCAGACCCGUGGCGGCCCCGAGAAACACCAGGUCACCGGAUGGGUACUGAUCUCACCGCUUACUAAAGCCGAGGACGGAUCCUACGAGUGCCACGCCAGCAACACACAGGGCGAAGCGUCCGCCGUGGGCUCCAUACAUGUGGUGGAAUCUAUCAGUGAUAUUCCUGUGCAGACGGUGAAGGACAGCGAGCUGUAAGAGGACACACAUGACGAAGCACUGAACACACACACAGCUCACGCCAACAGCACCAGCACAUGGACACUUUAUUCCAGGAGCAGACCGACAUCUCUCUGCUCAUGCUUUAUUUUUAUACCUCCUGCAUCUGCCCGCAGGACGCUCUGAAAAACACCAACAUCAGACAGACUCUCCCAGACACAGCAGCACACACACACACACACACACACACACACACUUCAUAGGGAACAUCAUCACAUUUAUCUCAACUGAACACUUAUCAGAUGCAUGCUUUGCUUUUCUUUGUUAUAUUCCAUGAUGUGUUUUUGGUGACACACACACACACACACACACACACACACACACACAACUUGUUUUUUCUCUUUCAGCUGAUGUCUGUGGUGCUAUAAAGCAUCAGCUGUAUCUCUAAUGUUUAGAUGCUGUUCUUUAAAGCCUUAAAGGGACCAACAUGUCAAUCUCUCAUCGUUUCUUCAUCUUGUUGUGGUCUUUCUUCUGUUGAGCUCAAAUGUCAGCUCUUUCCAGCAUUCUCUUCUGAAUAUAUGGUGUUCAACAAAGAAAAGAAACUCAUGAAACCCCCUUGAGUAUGAGUAGAUGAUGAAGAGAUGGUCAUUUUUGUGUGAACCGCCCCUUUAAGAUUAUUUACUCCAAGUUUAGUAGAUAAGAUGUCUAGCAUAGGGCUUUAUAUUCUACUACAUUUAAACUUUACACUUAUACCAAGUAAUUCUAUUACUAAAUGAAAGUUCUGUUAAAAAUAGAACAAAAUAAAAAUGUUCAAUAUGAAAUACAGAAUGAUGUGAAUGGAAAAAACCUUCUUUAUUUGAUUUACUUCAGAGUUUUUGAUUGAGUAAAUCUCUAAAUUCUUGAAAUGUUUAAGAUCUAAAGGCUCGUUUGCUGAAAUGAGUGUCAUCUUUUAGAGUUGUGAGCAUCUAAUGCGUUCAUAACUGUAUGUUAACUGUACAUCACUCAUGAAUAAAGAUGUCAAGUUUGA